AUGGAUAAUUCUGCCAAAAAUCAAGCAACAGGAUCAGAUGAUCGUUUUCUUGGUGAAUCUAUGCUCCGUCGGAUAGCUAGUUUUGCUGUUGAUCGAAACGCGAAUCAAACCAAACACUGGAUGCCUGAUAGUGCUGGUAAAGAGUGUUAUGACUGUCAAGAAAAGUUUACUCAUUUCCGUCGACGGCAUCACUGUCGUAUUUGCGGUCUACUCUUUUGCAAUCGAUGUUGUUCUUAUGAUCCUCAAGUAAAAUUAGCUGGUUUUAGUGAAUCAAAUGUUCGCCUGUGUUCCUACUGUUCGUCAACCUUAGCCAAACUUCCUAAGACGGCAGCGUUACCAAUCGCAUCGUCAAAUCAAUCAUAUCCUUCUUCCGCAUCCGUCGUUGAUUCGCCGCAACAUCCGCAGCAACAAUCUCAAGAUCUAAGUACUUCAGAUAGUACAUUCAAUCCAGAUCAUUUUUCGCUAUCGAAGACUCCAAACGAUCAUCUAUUUUCCAAUGUCGAUCCUGAGCAACCCGCCAACCCGAAUGAACAAACUCUAGCGGAUAUCGAAUCAAAUUGUAAAAUUACCCAACAAUCAUCACAGCCACGAACAACUUCGAAUUUUAGCUUGAAGACUCUCUUCAAUGAAAUCUUUCGCACAUCACAAGGUUUGCAAAUGCAAAAACAGAGGAUUCGCCUUCGAACAAUUGAAUGUAUACCCGGGAAAGAUAUUGUUGAUUGGCUCAUGAAGAAUCAACGUGCUAGUGUGUUGUCCGAAGCAAAAUUAUUGUGUCAAUGUUUUGUCAAUGAAUCAUAUUUGGAACCAGUCGUUGCACCACAAACAUCGUUCAUUGAAUUCAAAGAAGAUCAAACGUAUAAAUUAGGAAAACGUGGAUUGGAACGCGAUCCUCCGGUAGAAAGACCUCCAAUUCGAUCCGGAAGUGUCGUAUCAACGUCUUCAGCUGAUUCCACUAAUACGGAUACAUAUCAACAAAAGCUUGCUAAAACAACUGGUGUGCUAAUCGGCAACGAUUUCAACUAUGUGCAAUUCAAUUCCCAAGUAGGAAACACCACAUCAGACGAUACAACUUCUGUUAAUAGUAAAAAAGAAACGAGUGAUUUUAAUAUGCCUACUGAUGGUACUGAACAAAUUGAUGAAACUGACGGAAAUUCUACGAGUAAACAAACAUCACCGAGUGAUGCCAUAGCAGCAUUGUACAAUGAAUAUGAAGAAGUAUUAUUGAGACAAAUUCUGAUUCAGUUCCAUGUUGAUCAAGAAUGGUUUCCGAUUAUUUUAAAUAUUUGUCGAAUAUUAGUUAAACGAGUGCGUGUCUCAUCCAUAACGAAUGAUUCCACGCCAAACAAUGACAUUCGACGGAAUGUAAAGUUUAAAAAGUUACCAGGCGGUUCGAAAAACGAAAGUCAAAUCAUCAAUGGAUGUGUAUUUACUAAAAAUGUUAUCCAUCGCAACAUGUCAUCGAGAAUUGACGGACCACGUGUUCUCUUACUCAAAUCUCAAAUUGAAUAUCAACGUAGUGAUGAUCAUCGUCUAACUACACUUGAGCCUGUACUUAACCAAGAACAACAUUAUCUUUCAUCAUACGUUGAUAAAAUUAACUCCCAUUUCAAACCUGAUAUUCUCGUCGUAGAAAAAACUGUCAGCAGAUUAGCGCAGGAUUUUAUCAUUGCCAAUGGUCUUAUCCUGAUCUAUAAUGUUAAAGAAAGUAUUAUGCAACGAUUAGCGAAAUGUUUGUGCACAACAAUCAUGACAUCGAUUGAUAGUCGUCUUCCAUCUCAUAUUCGACCGCCAUUAGGUCGGUGUGAAUACUUUGAAAUCAAAGAAUUCGAACUCAAUGAUAGUUAUAAAAAACGUCUGAUGUUCUUCGCUGGUUGUCCACCUGAACAGGGUUGUACAGUGUUGAUACGUGGUGGAACAUUACAGCAGCUCAAAGUUGUCAAAUCGAUUAUGAGAUUAUUUCUACUGAUCACCUAUAGUACACAAUUAGAACAAGCAUUUUUGAAUGACUGUUAUGCACAAAUCAUUGUGAAUAAUCAAAAUGAUUUAUCCAUAGUAAAACAAUUUGAUUUAGAACAAUAUAUCGACACGAUCGUGACAAAUAAACAAGCUAUAAUCGAUCUAAUAUCCAAUCGUCUUCUCCUAUCGACCUCGCCAUAUGUUCGAUAUAAUUCACCAUAUAUCUUAACAUGUACAAAUCAACAAUAUAUACCAAAUGAAUUACUCUAUCAAAGUAUCUAUAAUAAUAAAUACCAACAACGACAAGACAAUAGUAUAAGCUCUACGGAUGACGACAAUCAGACAAAGAAUACGAAUAUAUACAGCUGGUUUUAUAAUUCACCGUAUAAUCAUGAAAUUAUUCAUGUACAAGAUAAACAUCCAUUCAUAAGAGAUAAUACAUUAUUGCCUGGAAUUAAUCAGGACACCAAGGCUGCUUAUGCUCAUUAUCGAGCAUCCGGUGGUCGUUGUCAUUUUCGACGACGUCGAUGGUACGAUUGGUUAACACUCUACCAGCAACAACAGCCGCGUGAUCAACCAUUAGAGUCUAUUUUUGCACUUUAUCUUGAUUUGCGUCUGCAUCUACAAAUCGCCAUUCUCUAUAGUGCGCACUGCACAGUUCAAAACAAAUUGCUCACUUGUCGGCAACCUGAGAUUCUGGAGAUGCCAGCAUACUCUAUCCAUGACACAACAUUAGGUUCAUUUCUUGAGCAACAUUGCUUUUCAACUAAUAAUGCACCUUGUAAAACAUGUCAACAGCCAUUACAAGACCACGUUCGACAAAUUGUUCACGGCGAAAUGAAAUUAGUCAUUCGCAUUAAACAUAUCGACCGAACAACAUCAAAUCUACAGAAACUUUCAACAUCCAACGGAAUCUAUAUGUGGAGCUAUUGCGAACACUGUCGUGAAUCUUCAGCAAAACGUUUAAUGUCUGCUCGUACAUGGUCACUAUCGUUCACAAAAUUUCUUGAGUUAUUAUUCCAUCUCGAAUCAUUUUGUGUGGCAUCCACACGUUCCUGUCAUCACCACGUUUUCCGUGAUCAUUAUCAUUAUUUUCAUUCCCAGCAAUUCAUUGCAUCAUUCCGUUUAUUCCGAAUUAAACUAAAAGAAUUCUUUCUUCCAACACCGACGAUGAGUUUGAAACCAUACGUGCACGAACGAGACUAUUACAUCGAAUUGACCAAGACAUUGUCUGUUAAUGGUUACAAUAUCUUCUCGACAAUUGUUGAACGAUUGGUCGACUUGAAAAACUUAACAUCUAUGCCGGAGUUUUUUAUAUCAAAAACUGAUCAGUAUUUAGCACAGGAAAGGUUCGAGCAACAAACAUUUCGUGCCUUGAUGGAUGAAAUUCAAUUGAAAAUGACAGCGGGAAGUGGAAACGAACAAAAACGACAAUUAGAUGCCGAUAGCUAUGUAUGCAUCGAUGACCAGAUAUGUGAAGCAAAGAAAUUCAUUACCAAAAUAGUUCACAAUUGGAAUACAACUCUUCUAGAAUUAGAACAGUUCAUUAAGAAGUAUGAGAAACAGCAACGAGAAGCAUCAAAAAAGGUGCCGAUCAAAUCUGUUUCAUCGGGUGAACCAGCGAAUGACACGAGUAGUUCUAUGCAAAACGAUUCCGAAGCAACGGCGAUACUCGAAGUAGCGCCGACACCCCUUCUACCCUCAACUACUUCUAUUGAUAUCGAUGAAGGCAAUUUGGAAAACGGCCCAAAACCAAUGUUGAAUACAGAUGAUGAAACAUCUCGACGUAGUGGAGUUUUGAAAUUCUUCUCCACAUUCUUACCAACAUCAGAUAAUGAUUCUCUUCAGCUGAAAUCUCCGUUUAGCGAAGAUGAACACUUGCAAUUACCAGGAAAAUAUAUCGUCAAUCAUCGAGAAUUGAGUUCAAUUAUAGCACACGCUCUGUCCAUGUCUGAAUACGAACAACGUUUGAAUGAGGAGCUGACUUUCGCAUCAAAUACAAAUCAGGAGCAAAAUAUUGAAAUCAAACAGUUUGAUGAAAGUAACACCAAUAGUAAUUCCAUAGACGAUCAUCGACAUGUUGAAUUACAUUUUCAUGAUUCCAUAACGAAAUUUACGGUGAAGAUUUUCUACGCAGCUAAAUUUCAUCAACUUCGACAAAUUAUCUUCUCUAAUACUGAUCAAACAUCUUACAUUCGCUCUUUAUCACGGUGUAAAAAAUGGCAACCACGUGGUGGAAAAUCGAAGUCAGAAUUUUGGCAAACAUGCGAUGAUUUUUUUGUUUUAAAAGAUCUCAAUCAAAAAGAAUCCGAUUCGUUUUCCUCAUUUGCACCGUCCUAUGUUGAUUAUCUCUCGAAUGCAUUGAAAUAUCAUCUUCCAACGACAUUAACAAAAAUCCUUGGCAUUUAUCAUAUACAGUAUCGUCAUAAUGGUACAGGUGAAAACUUCAAGCGGGAUAUUUUAGUUCUCGAAAAUCUACUCAAUCAGCCGAAUAUGUCGAUUCCAUCCGUUAUCUAUGAUUUGAAAGGUUCGAUGAGAAAUCGAUUAGCCACUGUCGACGAAGGACAGACUAAUGCGGUUUUACUCGACGAAAAUUUCUUAACCCAAACACAGGAAAAUCCCUUUUAUGUGCGUUUGCAUACGAAAUGGACAUUGAUGAAAGCAUUAUAUGCCGACACGCAGUUUCUCGCUAAACAUGGUAUUGUGGAUUAUUCGCUUUUAGUAUCGUGUUACAACGACGAACAACAAUCGGUAGUCUAUGUUGGUAUUAUCGAUUACAUCCGAACGUACACGUGGGACAAAAAAAUGGAAACUAUUUUGAAGUCCAUGAGUGGUCAAGGACAAUCGCCAACUGUCAUUUCACCUGAACAUUAUCGCACGAGAUUUUUGCGCCGUAUGGAUCAAUACUUUCCAGUCGUACCGGAUGAAUGGCAUGCAUACGAGAAGAAAUUUUUAGAUUUAUCAUUAUUUCAAACUGAAACUAUGUCAACCAAUCUGUCACCUAAUGAAUUGCCUACUCAAUAA